AUGUUGGCUCGGUCUGCAGCAUCGCUCUCUACCACAGCUGCCACCACUCAGAGCAAUAUGUCUGUGACGUCGCAGUUCAUGGAUGCUAACGACUGCAAGUUCAUAGUCUACAAAGCGUCCCAAAUCAGGCUCACCGAGAUGAAACGGCUGCUCGGGGUGCUGGUGCCUAACUUGAAGAAACGGUCAUCACAGAACAAGAACAUUGUACCUUUAGUCACAUACAUGUUGCCUCUGUUGGCAGGUCCAGUGUUAAACGUUAAUGCCGCCCUUAAGGAGAAGUACAAUCAAAUUGUGCAAGGCCAAGAGCCCACGAAGGACAACAAGGAUUACGAUGUGACGCCUAGAGACUGGCUCACUUACGUCAUGGACUCCAAUACACAGAACCAACCUCUGGAAGGCUGUGAGCUAGUCGAGUUUAAGAAAGAAUUAUAUGACAAGGAUAAGCAGUGGCUUACAGUGACUAGAUUACUUAAACUGAUAGAUGAAGUAAUUAGUACUUAUAACAACAAGUUCAAAAGCGCGAACUUACUUAAGAAGACUUACUCAAAGAGUAUUGAGGACUUGAUCAAACCUUCAGAAUUAUCUUUAUGUCUUGAUCUAGCAGUUCUUAUAACUGACUAUGAACGCGAUACAUCCGAGGCUUCGUUCCGUAAACUACAGUGGCAGGUUAUCGAAAAAUUCUUGGCUACACUGCAUUCAAAAGUUGAGCCAACCCUUAAAACAUACUACAAAUCUCUCCUGGCUUACCAAUCGGGCAAACUUAUGCUAUAUAAGCUGCCCUUCCCUGAAUGGACUAUACAUAGAAUGUUUGCCUUCACCGUGAGAAUGAUUUCUUUAAUGAAGUUAUUUGGUUGCGAACUAAGGGUUCUGUACUAUCCAAACCGUAAAUAUUUAAAUGAUCUCAAGACAAAAUUGGUGUGUGAAAAUGUUUACAAGUAUGAUUUGCUAAUCACUCAGAUCGAAAAAUUAUGCGCGGAUCCACUCUACCAGAUAAAAGAAUCAAAAGAAAUGAUGCAAUUUUUCCAAAAAUAUCCAUAUUCACUCCCAAAAUCCUUACCUCAAAAGACUCAUGAAUUCUUCAUCAAGAAGGUUAUAUCGACAUGCAUAAAUCACUGGAAUAAUAACACCAAAUUGGUCGAAGACUGGGUGGAAAUGUGGAAGUUUUGCGACAAAAACAAUUCCGCUAAGGAAAAAAUUGAAUCAUCAAACGAGGAGCAGUUAAUCAAAAUGUAUGACGAAAGAUACACUGUUGAUAAGCUAGUUUACUUGGAACAUGAAGAAGAAAGAGCCAAGCUUUCAAACAAGAAAAGUAUUGGAAUUGUUGUUAAAUCUUCAAGUUCAUCGUCACCAAAUAAACUGUUAAGAAAACUAUCUCCAAUUAGUGGAAUGGCAAAGCCCAAAGUACGAUCGACAAAGAGCCCUGCAUCGUCGUCAUCUUCUAACAGCAAUUCUAAUUCUGCACUGUCAUCUGGUAUGGCAACGCCUAAGGAGAGAAGUAGAAGAUCAUCAGUUGAUCGGGGUUUACCUAAAGGUGGAAGGCUUCCAGGACUAACGAAAACUAACACAAAUGAGAGAUUGGUAGCACCGUUGAUUCAUAUAAGUGAGACUUCAUCCGUCAGUAACUCGGGAAGUAGUUCCAUUAAUGCAUCGCCGCUGGGUUCCAGAAGAGGUUCUAUUAAAGACGAAUCAGCUGCCAGGAAAAUGGUGAUUAAUAGAACUGUCGAAAGAACCCGUAGCAAGAUAGGUAAUAGACCCCGUUCAGCUUCAUUGCAAUCGAAUGAAAGCGCCGCUUUGAAUUCUGUUGGUAUUGUGGGCAGUCCGUUGAGUAACAACAGAUUACCAAAGCCUGUAAGUAACCAGUCCCAACUGCGGUCAAAUUCGCUGGAAUCCAAUUCUGCUCUAAACAGAAAAAUGGUCCAAGAUACAUUCAAGCAUUUAAUGGCGAAUAAUCCUAAGCCUUCGAAUUUAAGCCACUCUCCAACUUCUUCACCCAUGAGGCCAAGUUCUCCUAUUCCAAGUAGAUCAAAUAGUAAUAAAGUCUCAAGUACAAAUAAUGGGGCUAUACUUUCCCCAGAACCAAAAGGUAAGAGCAAGGCAAAUAACAGUAAUGAUAAAAUUAAGACCAAUGGAGUGACGAGUAUUAAUAUCGAUAACUCGGAUAACGAAAUAGUGCUAAAACCAUUACCACAUGAGUCUAAAGAUACAACUACGGGUCCUGUUAGACCUGUAGAUGAAUCUGUCAACAACUUAUCUGAAGGCACACCAGCUGGAUCUGAGUCCACACCAGAAUCCAUGAAAAGCGCCGUAGGUAUUGAAGGCUUAGACAAAGAGAACUUAAAUGUAGAAUCCGGAAAUAUGGAGUCUGGAGAGCCAUCUAAGAAAGUUAGAUUUGUUGGUGUGCCCCCCAUGACAGAAGCAGAGAAUCCAAAGCCAACAAGAAAGGGUUGGUAUAAAAAACCUGCUGUACUCCAUUACCCACCUGUGCCUCAGCAAGUAACUAUGUUUAGAGAUAGACUAAGACAAGAAGGUAUGGUAUUCAGAACGAGUUUAAGAGAUACAGUUGCAGCAACAAGCAAUGAAGUUGGCAAGAAAGGUGGUAUGAUGCUCAGCUUGGCGAUAGAUAACCCACCAGUCAAAGAAAUCAGUAGCCACAGUAGAUUUGCAUCUAAGCUAAGAGAAAAAUUGACGAGAUAG